AUCAAGCACCCACGUGGUUCUAAAAGGCCAUUCUGUUCAGGCUUUAGUUGGGUGUUGUUGUCGAUAAGUUGAAGUUAAAAGAGGAUUCGUUCUUUAUAUCGUUGUUCAAGUUAGUGAAGAGAUUAAUGGAGGCGAAUAUGGCCGUGAUGCAAUGGCGCUGGUUUUACAUGAUUAUCUUACUGUGCAGUGUCGCUGGUUUUGUUGCUUGUCAAGAAGAAGAGAAUGGCAGUGGCACGAACUUUGAACCCCCGGACCAAGAGGAAGGAGACAAUGAGACGGAAACUGAAACCGGAACCUCCAAUAUAACCAGUACUUCUGUCAAGACGAAUAGUUCGAAUAUAGCAAAUAAAACUCUACAUGGAAGGUCUUUCGCUCAAUCCAAUUGCCCAUAUAAUACCUGUGAUCAAGACGGAGGUGAAUGUGUGAGGUACGAUAGCGUUCAAGUGUUCGAAUGUAAAUGUAGGAAUGGGUACACUGGCAAGCGCUGUGAUGUGGCGCCUGUUGGGAGAAAUGUGCAUCCUUGUGUGCCAAAUCCUUGUGCAAAUAGUGGAACUUGUAGAGUGGCUCCUGGAAGUGGCGAUUUUGCUUGCUUCUGUAUGCAAGGUUACUCCGGGAAAACUUGCACUCAGCGUUCUGGAGGUGGAGGAUUCAACCCAAAUCCAAUAAUACCGGACACAAAUCUGUGUGUUCCGAAUCCUUGCCCUCAGUUGGGCAGAUGUACAGCGAUGCCUGGACUGAACCGUUAUCUUUGUGAAGCACCUGAUAGAACUCGCUUACCACAACCCCUACUCCCGGUUCAACCAAUUGGAAAUCCUUGUGUUCCAAACAGGUGUCAGAACGGAGCUACGUGCAAUGUAGUUCCUGGAGGUGGAGGAUUCAAAUGCUUUUGUCUUGGAGGUUACACCGGAAAAUAUUGCGAGCGCUUACUAGGAAAUAUUGGUGGCGGUGGAGUUAUCAGAACUGGUAUCAACCCUUGCGUUCCCAAUCAAUGCAGAAAUGGAGCGACAUGCAAUGUCAAACCAGGAGGGGUCGGUUUCAAAUGCUUCUGCCUUGGCCCAUUCACUGGCACAUACUGUGAGCAACCACUUGGAGGAGGAGUUAUCCGAACUAAUACAAAUCCAUGUGUACCAAACCAAUGCAGAAAUGGGGCAACAUGUAACGUCAGACCUGGUGGUGUUGGUUUCAAAUGCUUCUGCCUUGGCCCAUUCACUGGCACAUACUGCGAGCAACCACUUGGAGGGGGAGUUAUCCGAACUAAUACAAAUCCAUGUGUACCAAACCAAUGCAGAAAUGGGGCAACAUGUAACGUCAGACCAGGUGGUGUUGGUUUCAAAUGCUUCUGCCUUGGCCCAUACACUGGCACAUACUGCGAGCAACCACUUGGAGGGGGAGUUAUUCGAACUAAUACAAAUCCAUGUGUACCAAACCAAUGUAGAAAUGGGGCAACAUGUAACGUCAGACCAGGUGGUGUUGGCUUCAAAUGCUUCUGCCUUGGCCCAUACACUGGCACAUACUGCGAGCAACCACUUGGAGGGGGAGUUAUCCGAACUAAUACAAAUCCAUGUGUACCAAACCAAUGCAGAAAUGGGGCAACAUGUAACGUCAGACCAGGUGGUGUUGGUUUCAAAUGCUUUUGUACUUCAACUUACACCGGGGAUUAUUGUGAGCAAAGAACAGUGACUAAUCCUUGUGUUCCAUCACCUUGCAAUAAUGGACGUUGUUCAGUAGUUUCUGCCACUGCCAGAUGUGACUGCUAUGCUGGAUGGACCGGAACAUAUUGUAACAUCAGACCAAGGAAUCCAUGCAUGCCGAACCCUUGUUUAAAUUAUGGCAGAUGCAAUCCAGACCCUCAAAGGACUUUCGUUUGCUUUUGUGAAGGAGGUUACACUGGUACAAGAUGUGAGGUGGCACCUGUGAACCCAUGCGUGCCGAACCCUUGUUUAAAUGGAGCCACUUGCAAUAAUAAUGGCGGGGUUGCGUUGUGCCAUUGCAAGACUGGAUAUUCUGGGACUAGAUGUGGGAUUGCUCCAAAUCCUUGUGUUCCAAACCCAUGCAGGAAUAGGGGAACUUGUAAUGUAAAUGGAAAUACCUUCUACUGCUUCUGUCUGUCAGGAUAUGGAGGGGAAUACUGCGAUCCAAUACCCAGGAAUCCAUGUUCACCGAACCCAUGCAGAAAUGGAGGGUCUUGCAAUGUUAAUGGACAGUCCUUCUAUUGCUUUUGUCUUGCUGGUUUUGGAGGCCAAUACUGCGACCCGAUACCGAAGAACCCAUGCGUGCCAAACCCAUGCAGGAAUGGGGGGACCUGUAAUGUGAAUGGACAGAACUUCUACUGUUCUUGUUUGCCUGGUUUCGGAGGCCAAUACUGCGACCCGAUACCCAAGAAUCCGUGUGUACCAAACCCAUGCAGGAAUGGAGGAACAUGUAAUGUUAAUGGACAGAACUUCUACUGUUCUUGUUUGCCUGGUUUUGGAGGCCAAUACUGCAACCCGAUACCUAAGAAUCCGUGUGUACCAAACCCAUGCAGGAAUGGAGGAACAUGUAAUGUUAAUGGACAGUCUUUCUACUGCUUCUGUCUUGCUGGUUUUGGAGGAGAAUACUGUGACCCGAUACCGAAGAAUCCGUGCGUACCAAACCCAUGCAGGAAUGGUGGAACAUGCAAUGUCAAUGGGCAGACUUUCUACUGUGCUUGUCUGACUGGCUAUGGUGGCCAAUACUGUGAUCCAAUACCCAAGAAUCCUUGUAUACCCAGUCCAUGCAGGAACGGUGGAACAUGUCAAGUAAAUGGAAACUCUUUUGUCUGCUUAUGCAGAUCUGGAUACGGCGGAAACUAUUGCGACCCAAUACCAAGAAACCCAUGUAUCCCAAAUCCCUGCCAGAAUAGUGGAACUUGCAAUGUUAACGGAUUGACUUUCUUCUGCUAUUGUGUAACUGGAUGGCAAGGGACGACGUGUACAGUAAAAACUCCAAAACAAAACGAUCCGUGCACCCCAAGCCCAUGUAAAGGAGGAUGCCUAUGCAAACCGUCUUGUAGACAUUCCGAUGGGUAUUACUGCCAGAGCACCAAUGGAUUACUCGGAAAGAACUGUGGCAUACCUGCUCCGGUGGUUAAUUGUGGCAACAAUGCAAUCACUGUAUCUAUCAAUGCUGCAAUAGUUGCUCAGUACGACGGAGGCAUAGGGGGCUACAAAAUGUUCAUGUCGCCUAGCCAUGCCAUGAAUCCGGCACCUACAUGUCCAGCUGCAGUACAAAAUGGACAAUACAUAUUCACACUUCCUCUUCCUUUCACUGGCUGCGGUUCAAGGGUCACCCCUGCUGCAAAUGGAAAAACUCAAGUCUCAAAUUAUAUCUGGAUCAACAGACUUAUUGGAAAUGGUUUGGCUGAUAUGCCGGUGCCCAUCAUUCAUUUUAUCUGCAAUUAUGAGAAACAAUAUAGUAUUGUUACAUCAAUGAGACCAAGCAUUGAUACCCCACCCACCAUCAUCAGCAAGGGUUCAAGAACAAAUACUGCUAAUAUCGAGCUCUGCAAAUCUGGUUCCGCAUGCCCGAACAAAUGCCCCGUUCAGUUUUCUCUUACCAAUGGUGCUAUUUAUACUGUGGGACAAAAGAUUCAUCUACUUUUCACACCAGCCCAACAGGGUGCCACUUUCAGGCUGCAAGACCUUUUUCUAUCAUGUUCUUCUGCCGCAACAAACCCUGCUACAGCACCAGUUAACCUCAUUACUGCUGGCUGCCUUCCGAUCGGAUCCAACAAAUAUCUUCCUACAACUGCGAGACUUUUCAGCACAGCAGUUUGUGUUUCUUUCCCUGUGCCUAUGAUUGCUGGAUGCCAACAAUUUUACAUCCAUGCAAAUCUUCAGGCAUGCACUGCUAGCGCCUGCAUUACGGCUUAUGGACAAUGUAGCACUCGAGGAAGACGCAAAAGAAGUGAAGAGACUUCACUUGAGGAGACUAGCAAGAUAGAAAUAUUCGGACCUAUAUUCGUAAUUGAUGGCAAAUCUGGAAUUGCAACUGAAAUCAUGUAUCCUGGUGAAGAGUAUGUGAACAGCACUGCGACUGGGGUUCUGAUCUUGAAAAACGACACCCCAGACGCCGGCGCCACUUCAGAUACAGCUGGCCUUCCACUUCAUAUCGCACUUGGUGUUCUUCUCUUCAUGGCUGUAAUUAUAUUUUCUGUGCUAGUAGCCCACAACUGGCACUAUAUUAACGCCCAUUGUGGUCGUAAAUUUUAAUUUUUGAUCUUGAUUUAACAUGAAUUCUUCUGUAGAUUGUUUGUUUUAAUUUGUGAAUAUUUUCGUUUUACUAUUUUAAGCUCGGUUUCACUCAUUUUAAACUUUUUUUUAUUCAUUUAUUGUCUUAUUUGUGUUAAUCAUGAAAUGUUUUCUGAAUAAUAUGAACAGAAUAUUGUGUUCUGAAACAAUG